ACGUUUUCGAAUUAUUGUAAUUACCUACAGUUUUUGUUUGUUCUCCUAAUUUUACAAUAUUACUUGUGUGAUCAAUAAUAACAAAUGUGAUACUAAGGGGUCGUGGUGACUUUAAAAUUCAGGCGUCUUUAAUAUAACUUUAUUUACAAGAUGACUGAGACGCGACGUAUUCAACUACAUUUAGGCAAAUGCAUUGAAGAUCUUGACCAAUUACACAAUGUACCUGAUUUAAAGGCAAAAAAAGUACACUUGUUAUGCAAGACAGCACAAAAGCUGUUCGAAAACGCCGAAGAAGCCCGUGCAAAAGGUGACGAGGAGUAUUCCUACGUCUACUAUAUGAAGUAUCUUCGAGUCGUAGCAUAUAUCAGUAAAGACAAGGAAUAUGUAAAGGACAAAAAAUAUUUCAACAACAUGCUUGGAUCUAAAAAUCCAAAUAAAGCCAUAGAUGCUGCAGAAAAACUUAAAUCCAGUCUAAUAGAAAGGUAUAGUAAAGAGCUAAAGGCAAAAAGGCUUCAAGAGAAUGAAUUGAUUAAGCAAAAAAAUGAUGAUAAUAGAAAGCAGGCAUUUGAAAGUAUUGUAGUUAGUGAACUACCACCUAGUGCUGGAUUACCAGAUCCUGAUGAAGUUACAAUAAAAAGUGAUCUAUUGUAUACCAUACUGAAGAACAGCAAACUUAAAGUUAUGUUGCUUGAUGCACGGCCUGGAAGCGACUAUGUGGACUCGCACAUCAUGCAUCCUGCUUGUAUCAGUGUACCUGAAGAAGUUAUAUCGCCUGGCCAAUCAGCACAUGUACUGGAACAAAACUUGCCACAGGCCUCGCGUCCGGUAUGGGCUGAAAGAGCCACUAUGGACCUCAUUGUGAUGCUGGACUGGAGUAGCACCACUGUGAUACCCGGGAAACCAUUGCACUUACUUAAAACUAUAUUACUUAAGUGGGAUGUCAAAGUACAGUAUUCGAGGCAGCCAGUGGCCCUGUGGGGAGGAUAUGAGGAUUGGUUGCUGAAGUACCCUGCCUUCACAACCAACCCUCAGGCUGUCCUUCCGUCGCAGGAUACCAUGCUUGAUGACAUGUUAGGUGAAAUAGAUUACCCGAACUGGUCCGACCUGAUACCCCAAACGCCAGUGGCUCGACCAAAGCCAGGCGAGCCGCAAAUAGACCGUAGCAGCAAGAUGGCAGCAGUUCAACUGUACGCGGACAGAGCUCGCAGUAUGCAACAGAUCCUGGAGCAGCAACAACAGAUCGCUGACACCUCACUUACUCUAGAGAUGCAGCGGAUCGAAGCUGAACAGGAUUGGGAUAAAGUUCGGCAGCAGAAGGAGACGGAACAACGUGACGAGUUGCGCUCCAUGUUCCAGCUUCGGGAGCAAGAGAUCAUAUCACAACUGAUGCAGUUGGAGAAUAAGCAGUUUGACAUGGAACAAGAAAACCAAACGCUUCGGGAGAAGUUAGAGGAAUAUCAGCGGAAAGAGAAGGAAGAGGCGGAGAAAAUGGCUGAAGUGAUCUCGACCACAAAUCAAUCAAACGAUAUUGAAGUGACAGCCCGUGAGCGUGAGGCGGCCACUCGCGACUUCGAAGCGAAGCGAGCGCGUAUUGCCGCCGUGAACGCUCAACGGAUAACGUUGGACAGACAACGGGAGGCACUCGAGACGGAGCGGAAACGGAAGCUGGCCGAAGCUCGGGGCAAGCGGAAACCGCUCCUCAAGAACGAAGAUGGCGAUGGAUACGAUGAUGUACCGAUGGAUAGCGGAAGUACGGCGGCAAUGAACAGAUCACAGUCGUCACCGAAUAUUGCUAAGUUAUCGUCUGACGAAGACGAGAGUCCGCCGCCAGUGUUCGACCGCAACACCAAGCCGAGCAAGGUGGCACCUUCGAGCGACCUCAGGCACAGGGACUUCCAGCCAGUAUGGGGAGUUGUGGGGCAAGGGCUAACCGGUCUGAAGAACCUGGGCAACACAUGCUACAUGAACUCGAUAAUACAGUGUCUCAACAACACAGCCAUCCUUGUAACCUACUUCUGCAAUGAACAGUACUUGGAACACAUUAAUAGAUCUCACAGCACUAGGGGUGCCAUUGCGGAGGAACUGGCAGCGGUUAUCCGGGCGCUGUGGUCAGGACAGUACCGGUUUAUAGCCCCCAAGGAUUUGCGGAGUGAAGUUGGUAAACAUCAGCGCACGUUCCGAGGCUGUGAACAGCAGGACUCCCACGAAUUCCUCACCAUUCUGAUGGACUGGCUACACCUGGAUCUGCAGUUCACAAUGAAACCGCCCCUCAAGGAAAACUUUGAGCCUUCGGAGCGUGCGUGGCACGAGUAUACGAAGUCCAAGGAGAGCCUGAUACUGCGGUUGUUCUACGGACAGAUCAAGUCCACGGUGCGGUGCACGGUCUGCGGCACACACAGCGCCACCUACGACUCGUUCUCCAACCUGUCGCUGGAACUGCCUCCGCACGCCGGCCGCUGCGCGCUAGAUGAUUGUCUAAAGCUGUACUUAAACGGUGAAACAAUCCCAGGCUGGAACUGUCCAAAUUGCAAGGAAAAACGUGACGCAGUGAAGAAAUUAGAUAUUUCACGCCUACCCCCAGUUUUGGUGAUACAUUUCAAGCGUUUCUACGUCGACCCAAAGGAGUACUCGUGUAAUGCGUAUAGGAAGAAACAGACAUAUAUCGACUUCCCACUCGAGAACCUUGACAUGAGACAAUACUCGCUCAACUGUACGGGCAACCCUAUAUACGAUUUGUAUGCCGUUUCCAAUCACUACGGCUCUAUGGAGGGUGGGCAUUACACUGCGUAUUGUAAGAGUAGUCUUUAUAGAAAGUGGUACAAAUAUGACGAUCACUUGGUGACGGAGAUAUCGUCGAGUGAAGUCAAGUCUAGCGCCGCCUACAUCCUGUUCUACACGUCGUGCGACCGGUCGUGAUCGUGCGUGUAAGGGCGCCCUUAUAUCUCAACGGGACAUUACAUGAGACUAGUUUAUAAGUGCGAGUGCUAAGAUUGCCUGUGUCAAGUAAAUGUGCACUUAAUGUGAGGUCAUCAAUUUAUAAAACCUUUGGAUGGUUAAAACAAGUUUUAUACAAUUGGGCCCUGGGAGAUAGACGUUCAAAGAACACGUAAUUCAGAUUUAUUUGACAAUGCGUAUGCUCGGAUUAACUAAUCCGCCUAUUAUAAUAGUUACGACCAUAAGGUCAUAACCGAAAUUAUUGUUGUUUAUUUUCAAUUAAAAAUGUAAUGUAAUUUAUAAAUUUAUAAGCUUAUAUGUCAGUGAUAAAAGCCUGUACGUAAACUGUAAAUAUAUAUUCGGCUUUAAAAACUAGUACAGUGGGAAAGAAGACAAUUUAUUUGCAAAAAGUGCGCAUCAUUAUAAUUUAGAAGAAUAGACAAACUUUUGAAGUUAUACUUCUUUAGGCGCGUUAUGAAAAAAUGAUGAGAGUAAAAUUUUAAGAUGCGCACGCAUCACUGUAACACAAAAAUAACAGGUUGAAGAUGGUUCCUAAAAUGUUCUGACGUUUGCGUCAUUCGUUUUUUUUUUAUUUCUUUGUCCAUUAUUAGGACUGGCAAAGGGUUACAGCCGUAUUCAUUAUUUAAUAAUUAAUUGUCGAAGCCAUCUUUGCAAGAUUUUUACAAAACUGUUCUUUACGU